AUGAAUGGAUAUUCAUACCUGUUGGUUAUACAGGACUUGUACACCAAGUGGAUUGAGUUAAAGCCGCUAAGACGAGCUACAGGUGCAACUAUCAGCGAAGCACUAGAGGAUCUAGUUAUUUUACGAUGGGGAGCUCCGAAAGUUUUACUCAGUGAUAAUGGAACUGAGUACCUCAAUAAAGACAUCCGAGUCUUGACAGAGCGAGUGGGAUUCCACCACAUGACAACCCCACCAUAUCAUCCCCAGGCAGAUCCGGUAGAACGUGUCAACAGAGUUCUAAAAACAAUGAUCACCGCUUUUAUUGGGAACAAUCAUCGAGAGUGGGACAAAAAUAUUCCACAGUUCCGCUUCGCGCACAACUCAGCGUUCCAUAGCUCCAUUCAGGCGACCCCGGCCUUCCUAAACAUGGGUAGAGAGCCAGAAGCUACAGUUACACUAAGAAGAGACCUCGAAGGUGAUCCAGACGUCGUUCAGCGACCACCCCAAGAGUGGACUGAACGAAUGAGACAGCUGGAUUCUUUGAGGGGAAGUAUAGUACACGCUCUAGAUUCAGCAUUCCAGAAGCAAGCUCAUUAUUACAAUCUUCGACAUCAAGACCGAGAAUAUCAAGUUGGAGAUAUGGUGUGGAAGAAACAAUUUAUUUUCUCCCAAGGUGAUAAAUUUGUCUCAUCAAAACUUAGUGAUCGGUUCCAUGGACCAUUCAGAAUCACAAAGAAGAUUUCUCGAGUAGUAUACGAGCUCAGUGACCUUACAGGAAAGAUAGUCGGAAAAUUUUCUGUCCAACACCUCAAACCCUACUUUAUUCCCGACUAA